UAAUUAUGCUAAUCAUGUGUGAACCACUAGCUUUACUUGAUGCAAAAAUAAAACAUUAUAUAAACUGCAUGCAGAGCAGAAGACCUUAUAUGCUAUUAUAGUUCAUCAUUUGAGAUCAAGCAGCUCUCUCCUUCUAAUUAAGCCACCAUUUUAAUAAAGGUGGGCCCCAGCUCUCUCGCUCCUUGAGUUUGCUUGCUCAGAUCUGGUGCCUCACCGCCCCUCUUCCCUCUUUCCUCUGCUCUCCGGUGACCGUCGCUGCCUACCGCCCUAAAUUUGCUGACACCGUAAUGAAGCCACGACCGCAGUGAACCCGCCGCCUCCCUCUCUCCGUAUCAUCUUCAAUGGCGGAGCAAACCACCGCCACCGCCACUGACGCCAGUUCUGCAACCUCAGCUCCGCCGGCAGGUUUGCCGAAGGAGGUGACCGCUGGGUGUGGCAAAGGACGGAACCCUCGGAACUGAGGCAACUCAAGGAGAGAGAGAGAGUUGGGGCCAUCUUAAUUAAAAAUAAAAAAAAUAUUUAUUCUAAUGGUGUUAAGCUCCGUUAAGUAGCGGGGGGGAUUUAGUGCGAUUUUGCCACGUUGAGGUUGACUCUAACUCUGACUAUAGGGUGUUGUAUGUGAUAGAGACGAGUUUAAAUUUAUUUAAUGCCACUUAUCUUAGGGCUAUUUGCAAAAAUAGGCCACUAUUUUUCGGACUUGCAAAAAUAGGUCAAUUAUUUUAGUUUUUGGUAUUUUUAGGCCCCAUGUGUACUCAAUCAGGCUAUUUUGGGUCACAUUUUAACCCCAAAAAAUGGCCUAUAAAUGCUGAAUUGAGCUCAAAUGUGGCCUAAAAAUGCCAAAAACUAAAAUAAUUGGCCUAUUUUUGCAAAUAGCCAUAAGACAAUGGCCUUAAAUAAUUUUAAACUCGAUAGAGACACCAACAAUAAGGGAAAUUUGGUACUUAAUCCUUAUUUUAAGUACUACUUUUAUUUAAUCCAUCGAUCAUCUACAUGUGCACAACAUAUUGAAAGGUUAGUAAUAUUUAUACGCAUUUAUGCAUAUAAUUGACCUCCAAUUACAUGAUACUAUGAUUUCUUUAAUCUUGUGCUACAUAUACAUGUUGUAUUAAUUUCUACUUAAUAUGAUAUUAUAUAAAUUAUUGAACAUUGAUCAAAUUCCAAUUCUAAUUGUUGCACUUAUGUAAACAAAAAUAUUCUAUCUAUACAUUACUAUACUUUUAAUUGAUUUUGUGACGAAGAUGAGAUUACUCUCAAAUUGGAUUAGGAUGUCGAUCGGAUCAACUCACCGGAUUUUGGGUCAGCUCUAUCAGGUUGUCGGAUUAUUCGAGUGCGUGCUAAUCAGGUUGAAAUAUGUCCGAGUUAGAAAAUUUUCAACCUUAAUCCUAAACGUUUGGGUUCCAAACUAACCUCGAAAAAUUAUUAAAAAAAUUAACCAAAACGUUUAGGAUUUUUUUAAAUCUAAGCAUUUUAUGUUAAGUAUUGGAUUAGAAACACAUAGAUUUCAAAUUACAUUUCACAAACUUUUGGAAAAAUAAUUUUAUUAUACUAAUUUUUAGAAGCAAAGUAAUAAAGUUGAAAAUUAAAUAACGAGAAAAUUUUCUUAUAAUCAAACCAACAUUAUUUUCGAAUCAGUCCUAUAGGAUUCGGGUUACUUUCGGGUCGUAAUUUUAUCGAGUUGAAAUUUUUCUACCGUCUCAAAUUAUCAAUCUAAUUGGACCAGCUCAAAAAUAUCGGGCUGAAUUGACAUCCCUAAUCACAAUCGACCUGAGGCCACUUUUUUUAUAUAAGCUCGACUCCAAACUGAUAACCAUAUAAUUCUUCUCGGCAAACCCAUUUUGGCAAUUAAAAAUAUACUCCCUUCGUCCACGAUAUUGUUUCCACAUUUGUUAUUUUAGUUUCUCUACAAUAUCAUUUCCACGUCCAUUUAUAAUAAUAGGAUCCACAAACUCCACUCACAAUAAUAAUGGAACCCAAACUCCACUCGCAAUAAUACUCACUACUAUCCACCAUUUUUCUUAAAAUCCGUAUUGUCUACAAAUAAUUUACUUUGAAGAAUCUUUUUGUUUGUAUUCUUUUGUCAAGACAUACUUUAAUAUAUACUUGUAUAUUAUUUUGAUAGUGGUUAUCUUAACAAGGCUUGGCCUGUCUAUUGUGUACGUACAUGUGUGUUAAUAUGCACAUACGCAAUCUGUGUAAAAUUAUGCAGGCCUCUGACAAGAGAAACAGGAAAGGGCCAUUAAUAUAAAGUUUGAAAGAAUGAAUAAUGGUGAAAGACUUUAUUAUGCCAUAUUGAAUGGGGAUGUAACAACAUUUCAAGAAGUGCUGCAACAAGAUCGAUAUCUUGUUGAAAGUGUCUCAUUUGCAUGUUCAAGAAAUGUUGUACACAUAGCUACACUGCGGGGGCGAGUAGCCAUUGUUGAAGAGGUGUUGAACAUCAACCCGCAGCUAGCUCGAGAUUUGGACUCCCAACAAUCAUCGCCUCUUCACAUUGCAGCAACACAAGGGAACGUUGUGAUAGCGAGAAAGUUGUUAUCAGUAGCCCCGGAGGCGUGCUGGUGGCGAGACUGUCAUGAUAUGAACCCGAUUCAUAUCGCAGCCAUCAAUGGGCAUGAAGAGGUGUUGAAGGAGAUGCUUAAACUGGAUUUGUUUCCUGCGAUGGAGAGGGUGCAUCGUGGGCAGACUGUACUGCACUUGUGUGUGAAACAUCGUCAGCUUAGCACAUUGAAGCUUUUGGUGGAAAAUUUUGAUGAAUUUCUAGAUGCAAAGGAUGAUGAUGGGGAGACACUAUUGCAUUUGGCUGCUAGGUCCAAUCGCGAAGAGGUAAGCACCAACUAUUUUUUUGUGUUUGUCGUUUUGAAUUCGAUGAAAUUUGUGGGAUAGAAGAAAAUGUUCAAUAUGAUCGGAAUUUU